ACUGGUGAAGUGUAUAUAAUUGAUAUGGCCUCAACCGUACAUGAGGAUGUUGUUUCACGAAUUCAAGAGUUUUUCAAAGUUCCCAAUAAUGGAGUUUCUUUUUAUAUAGUACACAACGAUCCUAGUGGAAUAGGGGUUGAAAUAGCUCCUGAUGUUGCUAUACGCCCAAGUAUGGCAGUUGUUCAAAGACCAGUCACUUCCACCAGAAUACCUCCUCCUCCCAGUGACAAUGAUGUGGCUGUAGGACAGGGUAUUGGUCAAUUGGGACGAAAAUGUUCAACUUGGAUGUUAGAACCAUACGUUCGUGCUGUCAUCAGCAUUAAGAUUUUAGUUCCAAGACCAGGUGUGCAAGAACCCGGAACCGGAUAUCUAUUUAGAUCAAUGACAGCAAAACUUUAUCGCCAAGGAAUGGCAAUACAAGUAUGGGAUUUUGGGAAUGUUAAAAAAUAUUCAAGAGAUCCCCUUGGUGAUAUUAAUGACCCUACUCUUUGCAACGCACCAAACGAUCCAAGGUUUCAGAUAAAUAUUCCGAUUAGUGAGGUAUUUUGGGACCCACCAUCUCCAAUUCCAUCUAUAUAUGUUCCAGUAAUCCCGACAAACGUAAUCGGUAAAAAUUUCAAUAUUGAUCUGUACUGGAUCCAGCGAGCUGCUUUACAAGCUAAAAUUUGA